UGCGGGGACGCGGGGCGUGCGAUUGGUCGGCCGGCGGCGCGGAGACGUGGUGACGUGAGGAGUGGGCGGCGGAGCGGAGACGUGCUGACGUAGGACAGCGCUGCUCCGGCUGCCGGGCGCCGCUCCGGGAGGCAAAAUGUCUAAAGUUACGUUUAAAAUCACGCUGACAUCGGAUCCAAAGUUGCCCUACAAAGUAUUGAGCGUACCUGAUGCCACCCCUUUCACUGCAGUUUUGAAGUUUGCAGCAGAAGAGUUUAAAGUGCCGGCAACAAGCAGUGCCAUUAUAACCAACGAUGGGAUAGGAAUCAACCCAGCACAAACAGCAGGAAAUAUUUUCAUGAAACAUGGGUCAGAACUGCGACUAAUUCCCCGGGACCGAGUGGGCUGCCAAUAGCCGGGUGUCACCAGGAACCUGCCCCUCCGCUGAAGAAACUAUAUAUAGAAUUGUUUUGAAUAUAAGACUUUGCUGCCACUAAUGUGCAUUCCUUCUAGGUUCCAGCAGGAUGCCAAGAGUCUGAUGAAGUUUCAAGUCUUUAAGAUUUAAAAGAAACGCAUUGUAAAUGCUCUCCAAUGUUUAGAAUGGUGUACAGAAACACAAAUCUAAAAGUCUCUAUUCCAAAGUAUUGUAAUCAUCGUGCAGGGGACUUUUCAAAGCAUUCUUCACAAAAUCUGUUGUAAAAUUCCUGGCAAUAAAUUACAUUCCCAAGUA